CGCGUCCAAGCUGUUGACAGGGCGGCCCCUCCCUCUUCCCCUGCGGGAGCUGGGAACCUCGAGAAAGGGGCGGAGCUCGGCCCGCCUCUCGGCUACGAGUGGAGCCUGAGCGCGCUCCGCUUCUGCUCGGCACCGCCGCACUCGUGCGUGGGGCUGCGUUUUUCUUUUUGUCCUCCCCUACCCCUGUACUUGCUCUUCAUUCCUUCAAAAUAUGUAUUAACAUUUACUGUGUGCCAGUCACCCGCUAGGUCACGGGGACAAACAGUGAGGAAGAACACGCCUCACCGUGCCGUCAGGGAAUUUACAGGCUGGUGGGGGAGAAAGACCUCAGAGAAUAUCUGAAAUAAAUUUCUGUUAUGAGUUGCUAAAAUCAUGGUGAAAUGUUGCUCGGCGAUUGGAUGUGCUUCUCGCUGUUUGCCAAAUUCCAAAUUAAAAGGACUGACAUUUCACGUAUUCCCCACAGAUGAAAAUGUCAAAAGAAAAUGGGUAUUAGCAAUGAAAAGACUUGAUGUAAAUGCUGCAGGCAUUUGGGAGCCUAAAAAAGGAGAUGUGUUAUGUUCAAGGCACUUUAAGAAGACAGAUUUUGACAGAAGUGCUCCAAAUAUUAAACUAAAACCUGGAGUCAUACCUUCUAUCUUUGAUUCCCCAUCUCACUUUCAGGAGAAAAGAGAAAAACUUCACUGUAGAAAAAACUUCACCCUCAAGACCCUCCCAGUCACAAACCACAACCGCCAGCUUGUUGGUGCUUCCUCGUGUAUUGAAGAAUUUCAAUCCCAGUUCGUUUUUGAACAUAGCUACAGUGUAAUGGACAGUCCAAAGAAACUUAAGCAUAAAUUAGAUCAUGUGAUCAGCGAGCUAGAGGAUACCAAGAAAAGCCUGCGGAAUGUUUUAGACCGAGAGAAACGUUUUCAAAAAUCGUUGAGGAAGACAAUCAGGGAAUUAAAGGAUGACUGUCUCAUCAGCCAAGACACAGCAAAUAGACUGGAAGCUUUCUGUUGGGAGCAUUGUCAGGAGAGCAUAGAACGAGACUAUAUUUCAUGAAUAAUCUUGUGUUAUGUUCUGCCUAAAGUUGACAUUGGUACAGCUUUUUAGAAAGUAAUUCUUAUUUAUCAUCAUUAAACAAUAUCCAUCAUUUAGA